AUGUUUACUACACCAAUAGUAGCGAUAUUUGUGUUUUAUAUAACGCGUUUUUAUAUGAAUUUACACAAAUACCCCCCGGGUCCAUUACCAUUACCAUUAUUGGGCAAUCUUUUAUUAUUUCGCAAUUAUAAAAGACACUGGAAUAUUGAGUUAAUUAAAUUAUAUAAAAUUUACGGUCCGGUUAUUACUUUAUGGAUCGGUCCACAACCGUUUGUUUUCAUUGGUGGUGUGGAGGCUAAGGAGGCGUUUAAUAAAAGUGAAUUAUCUGGACGACCCCCGUCUGACUUCGGCAAUGCUUUUUCUAAUGAUAUAUAUCAGGACAUUGUGUUCAGUGAUUACGGCAGGUGUUGGGAAAGCCUACGGAGAAUAGCACACCGAACCAUUCGAAAAUAUGCCAAAACUGAACAAUUGUCACAAUUGUGUGAUCAAAAUGUCAAACGAUGUGUGGAAUCGAUUAAGAAAAGAGAGGGAAUUAAUCAACCAUUUGAUCCUAAAAAYUAUAUCUACAAUAUAUUUGCUAAUGUUAUCGGUUCAACAGUUUUUAGUCAAAAUUUCAAUGAUGUCGAGCACAUAGAGCUUCAAAAGUUUAAGUAUUGUAGUACUGAUAGUGUAAAACGAGAUUUUUGUGAUAUACUUAUAGCCGCUAAACACGAGGCCAUUGCUGAAGACAAGCAAACGGCUCCGUAUUUUACAGACAAUAACCUAACGGCUAUUUUGGUCGACUUGUUUAUGGCCGGCACCGAGACAUCUACUUCAACGUUUACAUGGAUGCUAUUGCUUAUGGCUUAUUAUCCAAAAAUACAGCAAAAAUUAAGAAAUGAAAUAAAGUCAAUGCAGAGUAACCACAUGCCAAUUGUCACCGAUAAAUCUAAACUCAAUUACACAAUCGCUUAUUUAUACGAAACAUUGAGAUUCAGAAACACUGUACCACUUGGAGUCUUUCAUAAAGCUUUGGUCGACACUAAAAUUGGAGAUAAAUAUCCAAUUCCUGUCAAUACAAAUGUUGUUUUACAUCAAUACUGUAUAUUAAUGGAUGAGAAGAGUUGGUCGGAUCCACAUCUCUUCAAACCCGAGCGGUUCCUCAAUAAUGACGGAGUUUUACUCAACACUAAACCCAAUGCAUUCAUACCAUUCAGUUAUGGACGUCGUGUCUGUCCCGGAGAGGAUUUGGCCAUUAAUGACAUGUUCUUCAUUUUGGUCCGAUUUUUGCAAUUGACUGAUGAUUAUGACAUUGUUUUAUCCAACGAUAACCCAACUGAAGAAGAUUUAGAACCAAAUUGUGAAACACUUUUAAUUCAAAUUCCCAAACAAUUUCAUYAUUUGUGUUCAAUGUCUCACACCUGGACAUCACUGUUGUUAGUGUUGUUUGUGUGA